GCUCCAGCAAGCAGCGUCCCAGCCGUGUGCAGAGCCUAGUGUCAAGCCAGGGCAGCAUGGAUUCUGACCACCUGGGUUAUGAUGGAGGAAGCAGUGACUCGGAGUAUGAGGAGGCGCUAAUGAGCGACCAGGAACCCAGGUGUCCCCUCAUGCCAGAUUUCUGGCUCAUCGUAAAAAUCCAUCAGGACCGAGUGGAGGUCUAUUACCACACACGCCUGAGUGUGGAGAAGGCAGCAUCAGCAGAGGCAGAAGAGGAACAGCCAGGGGAGUGCCAGAGUCUCAACCAGGUGGUGGUGAAGAAGAUCAGUGAAAUCUGCAGGGUUGUCAAUCAGCGCCUGCUGCUGCAGGACCUGCAUGACAGCCACAUUUGCAACUCAUUACUGGUGGCCGAAAGUGAGGAGGACAUCUGGAAGAGUGAAACACCCUAUACUUCAUACAGGCAGCGCAUCAUGCCCACAGACGAUUAUUCUGUAGAGGAGAGCUACCAGCCCCGGGACUACCUGGCUGCCACCAUGCAGUUCAUGCCAGGGCACUUUGCUUGUGAUGUUGUAUGGAGCACACUUAUCCAUGUGCAUUCACGUCUCAAGAUGGGCCCCAACAUGGGGGUCUCACGAGCUAUCCAGGCGCUUCGCUCAGUGCUCAACGCCUUCUCUGUGGUGAACAGGAAGAACAUGUUUGUCUACCAGGAACGUGCCACUAAGUCUGUUUUCUACCUGCGACUGACUGAAACCACCUACAGUGGGAAGGUGUGGGAAGCAGAGAGCGUCCUUAGUCCAGCAUCUCGCUCGCUGGCACUGACACGCAGCCAGGAGCCCAUCUACAAUGAGGAUCUAAUGGGUUCUCGUUCCUCUCUGGAUGCAGCCUCAUGCCGUAGUGUGGACUCUGCACGCCCUGUGGGACAGGUAGACAGGCACAUCCAGCUGAUGGUCCAUGGUGUUGCCCCAGCAGGGCAUGAGAUCACAGAUGAGCUGGUGAAAGUGCUGCGCAGACGCCUGGAUGAGGCCACCCUGGACAUCAUCACCGUGAUGCUGGUGCGGAACUGCAAGCUGACCCCUGCAGAUGUGGAGUUUAUCCAGCCCCCUGGAACACCACCCACAGAGGUCCUGCAGUUCGCACUGCCACCUUCCGCCCUGCCUUGGCUGCAUGCGGUGGCUUACUAUCUGCGCCAGAACCUGCUCAUCUUCCUGCACACCCCAAAGUACACGGACAGCAACGUGGAACACCACUUCAAGCACUACUUCAACCACGGUGGGAGCAUCUCUGACCAGGAUCUCUAUCUGUACAACAAGCCAGGAGGCCAGGGCACUGGUGGAAAAGGAAUUGCGUGCAUUGCACUGACAUUCAUGGAUGAGCACAUCAGCCCCACUUCGCUGCCCCACAAGGAGAGGCCUGACCCUCUGAAGCUGCAUUCCUCCUCGCCCAUCAUAGGCCUGCUGCAGGACACCAACUUUGAAAGCCUCACUGCAGUCAGCAGGCACCAGCCAGAGGCUGGCACCCUGCAUUCAGAGUCCCAAGUGCUAGUGCGCCUGGAUAUCUGGGAGAAGGGCAACAUCAGCCUUCUGCAGCUGUCGGAGAAGCUGCGCGGGGCCCUGCGCCAUGCUCUCUGCGAUGCUGUCAUGGAGUUCCUCGUGCUGCCGGCCCCGCUCUGCGUGGAAGCUGCUUGCCCCCUGGGUGCCGCAGACUUGGAGGAGCUGAGCUCUGUGGGAGGCUUAAGGAGGACCAUGUCAGAAACGAAAGGCCUGGCCCUGGCCACUGGUGGGGCUGGCAGGAGCUGUCUUCCACCCUUGCACUUCACCUCUGCCCCUUCAUGCAGCUCUGGGGAGCCAGUGACACCCACAAGCAAGCUGGGACGUCGCAGCUUCUGGGACAUGCUGAGCAAGCCAGAGUCCUUGGAGCUGGGCAGCCCCAAGACUACUGAUGAUAUUGUGCUGGAGAGGCCAGAAGAAGCUCGCACAAGGCGGCGGCACAAGACUGAGAGUGUCAAGCAGUACCUGAGCCAGGAUCGGGCCACAGCCACAGCUGAGCUGGAACAGGCACAGAGGCGCCGAGCCUGCCAGCUGGAAGAAGGGGAUGUAGGUACCAUGCACCCACUCUUCAGUCAGACCUGCCAGCAGUGGAUGGCAUUCAUGAAACAUUUGGGGUGCCCAUCUGUGCAGCAAUGCUCGGUGGAGAUUGUGUCCCGUUUCCUCUUGUCCUCCAUCCUGGUGGAAGUGGUGAGCCUGGUCACUGCCCUGGCGAGCGACACCACUGUCAAGGUGUUUGAGCGGAUCUGCUACCAUUGGGGCACUGCUUUCCUGCCCUAUAAGCCUGGUCAGAGUACUAGCCCUCACCCUGCAGCCGUCAGACACUUCAUCGUGCUGGGACGCAACUUCCAGCAGUGGCGUUGCAGCACAGAACAGGCUCACAAAGGGCUCCAGCGCUUUGAGGCCAUGGAAUUCAGCUCAGCAGAGAGAGGCUCUGAUCCCAGCCUUGUUGGACGAGACCUGGCACCCCGGCAAAGGUUCCUCUUCAUGGAGAUCAUCGACAAAAAGCUCACACUCUACAUCUACAACUGGUCCCCAGACCUGGGAGCCAGCCUGAACUGCUCGCUUACCCGCCUGCUGCAGUGGCAGAAUGCCCGGUCCCACAUCGUGCACUGCCUGAUCAGCCAGAAGCUGGGACUUUUCCACCACCACUGCUUCAUGGACACACCAUGGCAUGAGGACAGCAAGCAGGAGCCAAAUGCUUUUCUGAACUCCACUUUGGAGGUGGAUGCACUGAUCCGGAGCUCCAGCCCCCCACCUAGCAAGGAACAAGGCCGUCUGAGCAGCUCUGCCCGCAGCCUGCCAUCUCUGCACUUCCAUCCCGAUGUGGUGCCCUUUGAUGAAGCUCUGCGGGAUGUUACCACUGUCAAGCGCAUGCUCCACGGGCCUGACUUGGGACCUUUUGACCCUGUGUCUUGGCAUGGGGCCCAGUUCCUAGAAAUCAAGAGCAUGGAGAGGAAAGAACUGGAGAAGCAGAUGAAGAUUGAAAAUCUCUUUGUCACCUGGCAGCAGAGAUCGGCGCAGUCCAACAUGCCUAUCAGUCUGGCAGACCUGGAGACCCUGAAGCAGUCCUCACGCCUGGUUCACUACUGUGCUACCCCCUUGCUCUUUGACUCAGCCUUCCGGCAGCAGAUCCAGACUGACCAGCAGGGCAAGGUAGAAGGGAAGAAGCGCCACCGCUCUAAUGACUCUACAGCUUCAGGGAGAGACCGCAGUCACAGCUGUGACUCGGCAGAAGUGCUGCCCUGCAAGCUGAAGGAGGAGCCCUGGCUGCAGGAGAUGUGCAAUGCCUUCUUGCAGCAAUACAUCCAGUACCUGCAGAGCAUGGGCUUCAUUCUGGUCCAAGUGCGGCCACCCUCACCCACCACUCGCAGUAGCACAAGCCGGAUCCGAGCUCUGGCAGCAAUGGGUGUGGAGGGGAGAGGGUCCUUUUCCUACACAAAGCCAAAAGCAGAGGGGAGUCCAAAGAGCACAAGUCCUGCUGUUGCCACCUAUCAUCUACAGAGAGCUCUUCCAGGUGGGAUUGUGCUGAUGGAGUUGGCCUUCCAGGGCUAUUACUUCUGUGUGAAGCAGUAUGCGCUGGAGUGCUCUCGGAUCCCCAUGGGCCAGUCUGUGAACUCUCAGCUCUCUAUGCUCUUCACGGAGGAGUGUGACAAGGUGCGGGACCUCAUGCAUGUGCAUUCAUUCAGCUAUGACUUCCACUUACGUAUAGUCCACCAGUAUCUGCUGGGUUCCCACAUGACUCUCCGACAGGGCUACCAUCUCACCAGCUUCCUGGAGGAUUUCAUUGCCCACCACACUGACAUCCCCAAAUUUGGCCGCAACCACGUUUUCCAAGGCAUGCUGGCCCUGCCGACCAACAUGAUCACUGCACACCAGCUGUAUAACUACAUCGCUGACCACGCCAACACCUACCACAUGAAACCCCUGCGCAUGGCCCGGCCAGCCACAAGCAGUGACAACAAGAAGGGGACACCAGGCACGGAGCAGAAUGAAUAUGCACUGGUCUCUGUUUGGAACAGCUCGGGUUCCUACAAGGACUCUGAAGGUCUGCGUCAUCAUGAUGACUUCGAUGUGUCCCUCCUGGUGUGUCACAGUGCAGCACCAUUUGAGGAGCAGAGUGAGGCAGAGAGACGCAUGCUCCGCUUGCGUUUCUACGUCAUCAUGACUAGCCAGCGGGAGCUUUUUCCCCGGCUCACAGCUGAUAGGCGACGCUUCAAGAAGCUGCCGCGCUUGCAGCGGGAAGUGCUGGAGCCUGUGGUGGGCCGGGCGGCCUGGGAGGCAGCGGAGCCAGAGACGAGCCUGGGGCGGCAGCAACCAGCAGAGCGGGAGCUGUGGCAGGAUGUGGAGGACAACAGCGAGUUCUAUGCAGGGGGCACACAAGUCAAACUGGGGCCAGGGCUCUUCUACACCUGCCACUGCCGCAGGGACAACCUCUGGAAGCGCCUCUUCCUUCUGGAGCCUCUGGCUUCCGACAAACUGAAGCUGGGCAAACUCUCACUGGUGGAGCUGGAGGAACUGCUUGAUGCUGUGCAUGGGAAAUCCAUUGCUGACGUCGACCCCCAGCUGGGAUGCUUCCUCACCAUGACAGUCUCCUGGUACCAGAGCCUCAUCAAAGUGCUGUUGAGCCGCUUUCCCCAGAGCUGUCGGCACUUCCACAAUGCUGAAACUGGCACCCAAUAUCUGGUUGUGCUCAAUCAGAAGUUCACGGAUUGCUUCGUUCUUGUGUUUCUCGAUUCCCAUUCAGGAAAGACGAGCCUCACCGUGGUUUUCCGGGAGCCGUUCCCAGUGCAGCCCCAGAACAGCGAGAGCCCUCUGCCACAGCUUGUGUCCACAUACCACCACCUGGAGUCAGUUAUCAACACUGCCUGCUUCAACCUCUGGACAGGCCUCCUUUAG